AUGGAUUGCUCAUUGCUUUCGAGUCCAUUUUCUUCUCCGAAUGUCGCUGCCUUGCUCAAAAUCAAGAUCAUAUCAUGGAGCAAAGAGACCGGUUUGCCUGUUUCUGUUUGCGUUCGGGUUGCCGACAGAACCUUCAACUUGCACAAGCAUCCAUUGACUUGUAAGAGUGGAUACUUGAAGGAAAAAUUGAAUGAAUCGAAUGAAGUUACGCUGCCUAACAGUUUUCCAGGUGGACCAGAGACCUUUGAGAUGAUUGCACUCUUCAUGUAUGGGUCGUCCACACUAGUUGAUCCCUUCAAUGUUGUGGCAUUACGAUGCGCAGCUGAGUUUCUUCAUAUGACAGAAGAUUAUGGCUCUGGGAAUCUCUGUGAGCGGUUCGAUAUUUAUCUUAACCAAGUUGUGUUGCAAAGUUGGGAUGACACUUUAAUUGUUCUCCAAAGGUGUCAAACAUUACUUCCCUGGGCUGAAGAGCUUCUAAUCGUGAGCCGGUGCAUUGAGACUCUCGCAUUCAUGGCUUGUAUGGAGAUUCUUGAUCCCGAGAGGAGAAGAGAACAUCCAGUAAUUACAAUAAAGGCUUUGGCUCACCAGCACUGGACUAAUCAAAGACUAAAAGGUGUCAUAAGCCAUGAUUUGUGGAUUAAAGAUCUUAUCGCUCUGCCAUUUCCAUUUUUCAAGAGGAUAAUAGGAUCUUUAAGAAGACAAGGCAUGAAAGAAAAAUAUGUCAGCCCCAUUAUACUCUUCUAUGUCAACAAAUGUAUCCUUCCGAGUUCAGUGAACAAAAGUCGAGUUGAUGAACUUUCAAUUAUCCUCGAAGGCAUCAUAGAUUUGUUGCCUAUGGGAGAGAAGGCUAGAAAAGUGAUUCCUAUUGAUUUUUACUUCUGUUUGCUAUCUAAAUCUCUAGAACUUGAUCUGAGAAAUGACAGAUUGGAGAAGCUGCAACAUCAGAUUGCAUCUCUACUACACUUGGCUCAGGUAGAAGAUUUUCUACUUCCAAAGGACGGUACCAAUCAGUCCAUUUCUUCUUGCCGCGAGUUGUCCAUAAUGGAGAGCAUAGUUUCAACGUAUAGGUCAUUGUAUAACACGGAAAGAAAUCGCACUCCUUCAGAAAACAAUUCUGUUGUUGCAGAAUUAUGGGACCUGUAUCUAAGCCAGAUAGCUACUGAUUCGCAGUUGGGUUGUAAACGACUCAUGGAUCUCAUCGAAACAAUUCCAAUUUCCAGCAGGCAAAGCCAUGAUCAUCUCUACAAGACACUGAACAACUUCCUCCUGUCUCAUCCACAUAUAUCACAAGACGAGAAAGGGUUAGUGUGCAAAUAUCUCAACUGCCAGAAACUAUCCCAACAAGUUUGCAUUGAAGCAGUUCAAAAUGAAAUGAUGCCACUACGACUAAUUGUCCAGGCACUCUUUGUUCAGCAACUAAAUACUCAACAAGCAUUUCGAGAAUGCUCUGAUUCAUUUAGGUAUGCAAAUUGUGGAGAAUUCACUGGAAGCCUGUCGAGCUCUAGACAUACAAAUUCCAAAAGCCAAAAUCUAGGAGAGAGCCCAAUGCCAUAUCUAAAAGGAAGUGAAGGAGGAGGGAGCAAGCCACUGAGCUCUUGGCUGCAGAAAGAUUUGUCAUCGUCCAGUUCCGAGUUUAGUUCUGACUUCCCAAAAAAGGACUAUGAAUCAACAAGCUUUAGAAUCCAGAAUCUUGAAAAUGAGUUCAUGUCCUUAAAGAGGAGCCUUCAAUUACAACAGAUGUUGAAGAAAAAUGAAAAAAAUACCAAGAAAACAGAACCAUAUGGUUUGGGGGAAAGAAGAAUGAGCAAGAGGAAAAAUCCCCUCGAACAAGUGAACGCCGGUUGCAUAGGUACCAUAAACUUUGCUUCCCAAAGAAAUUAUGCUAAUAGAUUACUCAAAGUUCUUCAGAAGAUAAGUUUGUUUGGAAGAGGAAGAUCGAAGAGAAAGCCAGUUGCUGCUGGUUUAAGGUCGAAAGACAUUCAAAAAAAGGAAUAA